GGGACACAGCCUCUUAGGACACACGUAAACAUCUUUAAAUUGCAUCAGCACAGGUGAGGGAAUGUUUCCAGCAGAGCUUGUGCUCAAACAGGCUCAGCAAGAUUCUCUCUCUCUCCUUCAUAAUGCCUUCUUUGCAAGCCUUCCAUUCCAGACUUUUCAGCCAAUCAGGAAAAACAGAGAUCAGAUACUGCAAAUUGAGAGCGACUCCUGGAGACUGACCUCUUAGCAAACGUGGAGCAAAACAUGGAUGGUUAAACAGUGAAGAUAACAGAAAAGAAGAGCACAACUAAGCUCCCAAUAUGGCAAAUGACAGCACAGAUGAACUGACAGCUGAGGAGACACCAGAGGCUGAACACAUAUAUGAAACAGUGACACGCCUGGACAAAACCGAGCAGAACCAACGUCUGGCUGUGGAGGAGCUCAUCAACACAGAGACCAGUUAUGUACAGAACCUUCAGCUGUGCAUUUUAGAUAUCCGUAAUCACCUCCAGAAAAAGCAGCUACCUGAGAUUGACCUGGAAGGACUUUUCUCCAAUAUAGAUGAUGUCCUGCACAUCUCCAGACGUUUCCUGAAAGGACUUGAAGCUGCAAUGAACCAGGAGCAGGAGCAGCUCUAUCGUAUCAGCACCUUAUUCCAAGAGCUGAAAGAGGAGAUGGAGAACGCCUAUAAAAUUUAUUGUGGUGACUAUGAUCAAGCUCUUCUACUGCUGGAGAUUUACAGGAACGAGCCAAGGCUGCAGAAAGAGAUUGUGGAUACCCUGACUGCCACAGUGCCUCACAUUGGGGCUUCAGACCUGAGCUUCUUCCUGGUGAUGCCAGUGCAACGGGUCACAAAAUACCCACUGCUGCUGCAGAAGAUAUUGGAAAAUACCCCAGUCAGUGACAGUGCCUAUGGAGCUCUCCAAGCUGCAGCUGCUGCUAUGACAGACGUCAAUGCCAAUAUCAAUGAGUACAAAAGACGCAAGGAAGUAGCAAAUAAAUAUAACAAGCCUGGGUACCUGACUCUGCGGGAACGCCUGGCUCGCCUCAACCCCCACUCCAUUGCCAAGAAGACCACGCGACUGAGCCGCCUCUUUAUGCAGGAGGCUGGGAUUGUGCCUAAGACAAAGGACAAGGAGUUUGACACACUGGAAGAAAAGUUCCAAGACUUGUCAUCAGCUGUAGCCGAUCUGAAGGAGAAUGUGGCCUCUUUCCUGAGCAACACGGAGGCAUUCCUCAGCUAUAAACCACAUGAGAAUGAACUAGGAACAGAAGGAGGAACUAUCCAACAAUAUUGCCAGCUUGCAGGAAAACUCCACAGCACUGUCUUUGCUGAGUUUAGGAGAAGACUGGAGCACCUGGUGUACCUUCCGCUGGUCAACUUGUCAGAGACUCUGAAAGGGCCUCAAAAACUGAUCAAGAAGCGCUUGGACAAGCAGCUGGACUAUGAGGAAUGCGAGGAGAAGAGGAACGAGACAGGCAGUGUGACAUAUGAAGAGGAGGCUGCCAUGAAUACCUAUCUCGCCAUGAAUUCGCUGCUUGUGUCUGAGCUCCCAGUGUUCAACCAGGUGGCCCUGCAGUGGCUGGAGCAUAUUCUGCGUACCUUUGUGGCCCUUUUGAGGGAUCUGGCCAAGCAAGUUCUCCAAGAGGCAGAACAGGAGGUUGCCCAGCUACCACACAGACACCUCCCUGCACCUGAUUUUGGGAAGAUGGUGAAGGACACUUUAAGCCAGGCUGAAGCUCAGCUCUGCUCCUACUGCAAGAAAUUUGAGACUGUUAUGCCAAGCUCUGUUGCAGAGCAGCCUCUUAGCCCUGCAGAGGAGAAGAAAGUCCAUUCGCUCAUGAGCAAACAUGGCCCAGAAAAGCUGUAUCAAGUGACAAGCAACACCACCAGCAGCAAAAACAUGGACUUGGUGUUGCAGAGGGGGCAGAUUGUGGCUCUCUUGCAUGACAGGGACACCAAGGGCAACACUAACCGAUGGCUGGUGGAUAGUGGAGGACCAAGAGGUUAUGUAUCACCUGGGAAACUCCAGCCAUAUCAUCUAGUCCAAAACCAAAAACCCAGAAUGCAGGUGUCAGUCCCAGGUGGUGGUGGUGAACAGAUGCAUCACCCUUACAACUUGCCCCAAGCUCCCAGCCCAGCACUUCAUUUCAGGACACAGGCUUUACACGUAGUUGCUGGUUAUCCAUUUGCAGCCAGGAGCAGUCAUGAGGUCAGCUUGCAUGCAGGUGAGCCAGUGACUGUGUUGGAACCUCAUGACAAGAAAGGAUGCACAGAGUGGAGCCUGGUGGAGGUGAAUGGCCAGAAGGGCUAUGUGCCUUCCAGCUACUUGGUGACGGUGCCUAUCCCAGAACCACCUGGAUGGGGAUCACCUGCUUGGCCAUAUCCAGCGCCACAGACAUAGCCACAAGGAAGUGUUCAAUUUUAGAAGUUAGCUACGCUGUCACAUACCUGCCCUUUCCGUUUCCUCCAUGGGGCUUUUCAUAUCAUGCCAUGAACAAAGAGGCAGGAAAAGGGACCAGCAGUUCUGUGGAUUGGCAUGAGUGCCAAGGAGGGAUUCAUGUCCUGCACAUAUUGAAAAGAUGUGAUUGGAUAUGGGUGUGCGGCUGCUCACAGUGGCCUGAUUUUUUGAAAUUGUGUUUUCUUGACCUAACACUACUGAUAAGAUUCUUCUACAAGUACUUUGAGGGAAUGUCCUCAUACAGAUGUAGCUUUAGGCUCAAGAUCACUGCACCACUGGCUUUACUUGAUAAAGGGAUGUUCAAAUGUGUUAAGUAAAUUACAGGGACAACAGACUGAUAUAUUGAUUCCAGGAUAACCAUCUCAAUUGGCAUCAGCAGGCCACCUAAACAAAGAGAUCAUGUGUCACAGGGCAAUUGAGCACCUUUUUUUGCUUUCGUUGCAGUGAUGUUCUCCUUUUGACACAAUGUUAGUGGGGAAACAGCCAAAGAAACUGGCUCAGUGUUUUCCACUGAUGUGCAUGGUCUGCCACCUCCGAAGAUGCUAAGCCCAGUCCUGAUUCUGAUAAAAAAAAAAUCAGCUUUAAUAAACUAGGCAAAGGUGCUGCAAUAUAUGUUUGCCGGAGGGAGAAUCAUAAUGUAUUUAAUAUGUAGCCAUCCUCUGAUAGGCAAGGUGAAAUAUCUGGAGCAAAGUCAGAUAACAAAGUCACAGGCGAGAAAGCAUGCAUGCUCUGGAUAACUUUUAUCUUUGGGUGUGGAGUAGUUGUCUACCUCUAGGAGAGAAUGCAAAGUAUUACUGGGGUUGUGGUGGAAGUAAGAUGCCAGACCCUAAGGUCUGGUUCGCACAAAACAUUAUGAAUAUGAGACCUUUAAUUCUUUUUAGUUUGCUUUCCUUCAGAAAGAAAAGUGAAGGCAAAAAGAAACAUGCACUGAGGUCCUUCUCCAGACUUAUGAUCAAUAUAAUGCAAGGAGCAGGUGCAGAUUGCUGGAUGGGGCAGAGCUGCCAGACUAGCUUCCUGGGCAGGUGGGUCUGUUUCUUACUGAGGCAGAGAGAGAACUGGUAGGGAGGUCAGUGUGGUGCAAACACACAGGCAGGAAUGCUGGAUUGGCUCCACAGGUGCAUUCUAACAGUGCUAACCUCCCCACCACCUUAGCCCUCCCAGUAAACAACAGUGACCCACUCACCUGUUGAAAAGAUGACAUAGUAGUGCCACCCCACCUGGAGACCCUCUUCUGAAAGUUAUUAUUCUACUGUGCUUUUUUACCACUAGCACAGAAAAGAAUAAAAUAAGAAUAAUAAGAAUAUCAUCAUCCAUUCUUUGGUUUUGGUGGUGGUGCUGCUGCUGCUGCUGAUUUCUUACUUGGCCUUCUCCAUAAGGUCUCAGGGUGUGUUAUAAUAUAGAAAUACAAGGGGUGGGAUUCAGCUAACAAGCCCUGUAAAGUGGAAGUCCUGUGCAAGGACUUCUGCUUGUGCAAUGGGGCUUUUCUCCCACUCCUCUCCCCUCAUGCCCAUGUGCCCCCCCAAAUUGUCCUGGGGGGAUCUGUGAGAAUCCACCAGAACAUUGUGCAAGGGGAGAAGAGGGGAGCAGUUGUUCUAUCUGGCAAGGCAAAAUGCUUGUCCUGAUGGAAUGAUCGCUUUGGUGCAGUGCUGAAUUAUUCUCAAGAUUAAAAUCAGUUAAAGCAAUAUACAGUCAGAAGAAGAGGGCAAGUCUUUAAAAUAUUUAUCUCAGGUAUCAAAGGCUAAGAUACUGAGGUGUGUCUUCAACAUAGGCAGGAGAACGUGGAGCGAGGGAACCCAUACCUGUGAGAUCACCGUGGCCUACAGGUAUGCCUAAAUAUAGAUGUACUUUCCAUGCUGCCAGUCAAAAGAAUAUGCUCAUCCUUCCCACACUCAUGUCCUCACAACCAUCUCAGAACGUUUUUGGCACCAGCAUUGAAAACCAAUGUCUUCACUGACCUGAGCGAUCAAGACUAUGUGAAACAUUUAGAUGUACUAAUGCUCCUGUGUGUGGCUGAUAAUGCAGCUUAUGCUGUUUAAAAAUUUAGCAGGGGCUCUUCAGGUGUAGCUCUUGAAAAAUGCAUGGGAUUGCUCUUUGAUGUACAGCAUUUUAUGUGAGCUGGAGGACAAAGGAAGUGGAAAACAUUAUGUUGUAACUCACCCUUAAUAGAAGAGCUUCUCCCGUGGGUUCGCACUGCGCAUCCCAGUGCAUGGGCAGAAGUCGCUCCACUUUGUGAGAGGUUGGUGGGAUGGCAGCCAAGCGUGGGUCUUCCUCCCCAAAGCUUCUCUUGGUUUUUUUAAAACUCCAGUUGCUACUCUGUGUUCAUGUGAACCUUGGCAGAAGAAAUAAGGUCCUCAUCACAACACUAAUGGCAAUAUCUUGGGCUAUCCCAGUCAUAUGAAUUGAGCACGAAAUGUCUGAAUCUUACAUGUGGCAGCAUUCUGCAAUCUGUGUAUGCACCUAAAUAAAGUUCCUAAUUUAAUUUGGCACAAGUAACCACGGACGAUGAGCCUGCUCCAGUUCCUGUUUGUAUGGGCUAUUUCCCUCCUGCAGUUAUGUUUAAGGCACUUUAUAUUUACAAUGGCUGUUUUGCACUGCAUUAAUUGUGAGAAGUAAAGAGUUGCUCCUCUACUCAAA